AUGGCGGCCAUUGAAAGCUUUGAUAACAUCUACCUGGACUUGUCCCGAGAACACGGCAAGUGCAGGUUCGCCGAGAAUGGUCUCGGAUGGAAGCCAGCGGCGGGCGGCGAUACCUUUACCCUCGACUCGAGCAAUAUUGGUGGCGCGCAAUGGAGUAGAGCGGCCAGGGGCUUCGAAGUGAAGAUUCAGCAACGGAGCUCGGGCGUCAUUCAAUUGGAUGGGUUCCAACAAGAGGACUACGAACGCUUGAGCAAAAUCUUCAAGAACUGGUACAGCGCCAGUCUUGAGAACAAGGAGCACUCGCUGCGUGGUUGGAACUGGGGCAAGGCCGAGUUUGGCAAGGCCGAGAUCUCAUUCAACGUGCAGAACCGACCAGCUUUCGAAAUCCCGUACUCGGAAAUUUCCAACACCAACCUUGCGGGUCGCAACGAAAUCGCGGUCGAGUUUUCCGUCGCCGAGACUGCGAAAGACGGCGAGAAUGGCGCGACGCCGGGGAAGGGCAGGAAGGCUGCGGCCGGGCGGGACCAGCUUACGGAGAUGAGGUUCUACAUUCCUGGCACAACAACCCGGAAAGAGGCGGAGGGCGGUGAUUCGGAAGGCGAUGACGAUGAGGAGGAGAAGAAUGCCGUCACGCUCUUUUAUGACACUCUCAUGGAGAAGGCUGAGAUUGGCGAGACGGCGGGCGAUACCAUUGCCACCUUCCUGGAAGUCUUGCAUCUUACACCAAGAGGUCGCUUUGACAUCGACAUGUACGACGCGUCGUUCCGUCUCCGCGGCAAAACAUACGACUACAAAAUCCAGUACGAGGCCAUUAAGAAGUUCAUGGUGCUUCCCAAGCCGGACGACACCCACUUCAUGCUCUGCAUCGGAUUGGACCCGCCUCUCCGACAGGGUCAGACGAGGUAUCCAUUUUUGAUCAUGCAGUUCAAGCAGGACGAAGAGGUCACAUUGGAUCUGAACCUCUCCGAGGAGGAGCUUAACGGCAAAUACAAGGACAAGCUGCAGCCUCACUACGAGCAACCACUGCACCAGGUGGUUGCGUACAUCUUCAAGGGCCUGGCCAAUAAGAAGAUUACGGCCCCAGCCAAGGAUUUUACGACACACCGCCAACAAUACGGCAUCAAGUGUUCAAUCAAGGCGAGCGAAGGGUUCUUAUACUGCCUGGAGAAAGCGUUCAUGUUCGUGCCGAAACCAGCCACGUACAUCUCGUAUGAACAGACGCAGUCCAUUACCUUCUCUCGCGUCAACGGUGCCGUCUCCGCGCUCUCGACAUUCGACAUCACCGUCCAUAUGAAGGCCGGCGGUGGCUCCUCGCAAUUCAGCAACAUUAAUCGGGAAGACCUGAAAGCCCUCGAGGACUUCUUCAAGCUCAAGGGUCUGCGCGUGAAGAACGAGAUCGACGAGGAGACUACGCUCCUGGCGGCCGCGCUGCGGGACGAGGCUAUGGCCAGCUCGGACGAGGAAGUGGUCGGGACCAAGGCGGACCGCGGCUCGGCGGAUGAGGACGAGGAGAGUGUGGACGAGGACUUCCGUGCUGAGUCGGAGAGUGAUGUGGCGGAGGAGUACGACAGUAACCAUGAGAGUGACGGGUCUGGCAGCGCGGAGAGUGAUGUGGACAACCAGGUUGAUGAUGAUGAUGAAGAUGAGGAUAUGAUGGAUGAGGAUGAAGAGGAGGAAGAGGAGCGGCCGAAGAAGAAGAAGAAGACUGGUUAG